UUGUUUCUGACGUGGGGAAAGAGAAUCGACCAAUGGUAAGACGGCAUUUUAUGGGCCCCCAGAGGGCGCUCUCACGUUAAUCAAACCUUGUUACUUGUACAUGCCAGCUGGUUCAUCGGUCGAUCUCAUAGGAAUACAGCUGUGGCCAUUUUGAUUCAUCAAGACAAAGUGAUUUCAACAAACCAGCAAGAUGCCGACCGAAGUGGUAGACAUUGAAGACAUUAUGAAGGCCUACGCCAAAGAUGUGUUCGACAGAACGAAGGACAAAGAGCAAAAACGCAUCCCAGAUGAAGCAUUGGAAUACACCAUCAACUGGAAGAGAGUCAAAUUCAUCCACGCUGAACCUGUCUACGGGAACGAGACGCGACCAAAACACCCACAGGCUCAAGUUUUAUUCAAAACGUUUUUCACAAACAACACAGACCGGGAACAAGACUAUUCUUUCCAAACACAGCGAGUGACGAGGUCCUCGUGUAAUGUGGAGAUUGAAAGGGGGGUCAUGAUGGGACAGGAGAUGGGCGUUCAGUUACAAACGCCGUGCGAGGUGUUCCAGGCAAACGCAGGCUUCAAACGCGAAAUCACAUUGAAUCGCCUAGAAGGAGAGAUCGCGGAGGAGGAAUUAAGCUGGGGCGUUGACAGUCAAAUCCGCGUAGCACCAAAAAGCCAAACAUUAGCCGAACUCAUCGUUUCGGAAACAGAAUACGGCGGGCACUUCACCAUUCAGAGUCGCUUUGAAGGCAAUGUCAUGAUCAGCAUCACGAACACUAGGGAGAACAACUGCCUUGUGAAAACUGUUGAGGGAAAUGUUGUCAACAUCUUCAAAAGGGAAAUCGAAAAUGGUCUGAAGGGCUUCCGCGUUGAAAAGAACUCGGUCUGCUUCGAAACUAAAGGACGAUGCCAUUUCAGGUACGGUAUUGAGCAGCACGUGAAAUUGAGCCAGCAGCCUCUGAACAACAACGAUGUGGUGAUAAGCCAGACGUUGUGA